GCAACAUUGUAAAUGUAAUUGUAAUUGUAAUUGCAAGUGAGAGAGAAGGCAAAAGCGGGAACAGAGAAAAACACAGUCUUUUGUUUCUCUUUGCAGUUCCUUCCUCCUUGCACUCUCAGCUUGCAGGGGUUGUUUCCCCCUUCCGUUUGAGAGAAAAAAAAGAGAGAGAAUAGAUUUCAAUUUCAUCAUCUGUAUAUAAAUAGUGGACUUAGUUACUUAGCGUGCGAGAAAUGCAGCAGCACCUGAUGCAGAUGCAGCCCAUCAUGGCAGCCUACUACCCCAACAACGUCACCACUGAUCACAUUCAACAGUAUCUGGAUGAAAACAAGUCCCUGAUUCUGAAGAUUGUUGAAAGCCAGAAUUCUGGCAAGCUGAGCGAGUGUGCCGAGAACCAAUCCAGGCUGCAGAGAAAUCUGAUGUACCUUGCUGCGAUAGCUGAUUCCCAGCCCCAACCACCUCCUAUGCCUGGUCAGUAUCCUCCCUGUGGAAUUAUGCAGCAGGGAGCACACUACAUGCAGGCUCAACAAGCUCAGCAGAUGUCACAACAACAGCUAAUGGCUUCACGCUCCUCCCUCUUAUACUCUCAACAACCCUUCUCAGCUCUUCAACAGCAGCAGGGCUUGCACAGCCAACUUGGCAUGAGCUCCAGCGGAAGUCAAGGCUUUCACAUGAUGCAAAGUGAAGCCACAACUGUAGGGGGCAAUGCAACCAUAGGUUCUGGAGGGUUUCCUGAUUUUGUACGCAUUGGUAACAUUGGCAAGCAAGAUAUUGGAAGCUCUGGUGAAGGCAGAGGAGGAAGCUCCAGUGGCCACUCUGGUGAUGGUGGUGAGACCCUUUAUCUGAAAUCUGCAGCUGAUGGAAACUAAACCAGCCAGGGAGAAUACUGAAGUUUCCUUGGCCUUUAGUGGUUUAUUUAGUUAGGAGAAUUAGGCAGUGGACAUUAAGUAGAGGAAGAAGAAAGGAAAAACUUGCUGCACUUGUUGCUUAUAUAUGUUGUUUGUUUAUCUUGUGCUAAAGGCAAACAAUCUAAUCACUGCCUUAAUGUUUCUGCAGUAGUACUAGUAGUAACAUGAUGCAUGCUUUAUUUUCUGGUGUAAAGCUUUAGUCAUAAAUGUCAAGGUCACAAUAUGACCACUUGUUAUC